AUGUCUCCUGCUCUGUGCGCUCCCGUUGCCGUGGCCAGUCACCCGGCCUCGCUUGAUCGCGUCCAGAACUAUACCGUAUCCCGCAAACCCAACACAAACUACACCCUCGACAACCUGGUACAAGAUAUCAAGCAGUACCUGGGGAGCUCCGGUAUUGACGACGACCAUGUCGACCCGGCGGUCCUCAUGGGCUUCAUGUCCAAGUACACGUCCAGCAGCGCCGACUGGGCACGAUACAUGCGCAAUGACCCUAGCAAGAACUAUACCCGGAACCUGGUGGCCGAUAUCAGCGGGCGUGCAAAUCUGCUGCUGUUAGUCUGGAAUCCCGAGAAAGGAUCACUCAUCCAUGACCACGCCAACGCGCACUGUAUCAUGAAGAUCCUCGAUGGGGAACUGAACGAAUCGGUCUAUCACACUCCCACAGCGGAGGACCAGGACGCUCCGUUGAAGAUCAAGAAGAAUACGACGUAUCAGCCUAAUGAGGUGGCCUAUAUCAGUGACCAGAUCGGGCUGCACCGCGUUGUUAACCCGUCCAAAGAUCGAUUGGCUGUUUCGUUACAUUUGUAUACGCCUCCGAAUGCAGCGGACUUUGGAUACAAUAUCUACGAUCCGAAAACCGGAAAAUCCAGUCAUGUCUUCCAGGCGUAG